CCGGUUAGGCUCGGGGAGCUCGUGGCUCUCACCGCGCCCCAGGCCCACUGCAGCACUUGCCUGCGGUGGCUGCAAGUGGUUCUUGCAGAGCGAGCGCAAGCACAAUCCAUCGUCGUGUUUCGAUCCCGAGUCGUUCCACCACGCUUAGAUCCAGCCCUGUGGUCACCCGACGAUGGCGCUCGCCUUCGCCGUGCUGCUGGGGGCGCCUCUGCCCCUCGGGCCGCCGGUCGCCGCCGCCGCCCCGCGCGGGGCGCCGCCGAGGCCGCGCGCGCCGUCGCUGGGCCAGGCGGCCCCGGCGGCCGUGGCCGGGGCGCUGCUCGCGGUGCGGCGGGUGCGCUCGCGGACCGCCCGCCGCGCCAAGAAGGUCUCAGCGCAGUGGGCUU